GCAGCAGGACGUCCCUACCUCCAGCUCCAAGGUAGACAACCUGCUCAGUCUGUGGCGUCUCCAGUGUGGGAGGCUUCUAGGAACUGCCAGAGAAGUGUCUGUCAGAGAGCAAUGGCUGGCACCUUCUGCCGUCUCCUGGCCGGGCGAGCAGCCCCCGCCCUGUUGGCCGCCGCGGGCACGGGGGUGAUGGCCACGGGCUACCUGCUGGGCCAGAACAACGUCAGCGCCGCCGUGCAGGAGAAGAGGAAGCUCUUCCCCCCCAGCGCUGACUACCCCGACCUGCGCAAGCACAACAACUGCAUGGCCGAGUGCCUCACCCCGGGCAUCUACUCGCGCCUCCGCGACAAGAUGACCCCCAACGGAUACACCCUGGACCAGUGCAUCCAGACCGGGGUGGACAACCCCGGCCACCCCUUCAUCAAGACGGUGGGCAUGGUGGCUGGGGACGAGGAGUCCUACGAGGUGUUUGCUGAGAUUUUUGACCCUGUCAUUAAAGCCAGACACAAUGGCUAUGACCCACGGACAAUGAGGCAUCACACGGACCUGGAUGCAUCCAAGAUCACCCACGGGCAGUUCGACGAGCGCUACGUGCUGUCAUCGCGGGUGCGCACGGGGCGCAGCAUCCGCGGGCUCAGCCUGCCGCCCGCCUGCACCCGCGCCGAGCGCAGGGAGGUGGAGAACGUGGUGGUCACCGCCCUGUCCGGCCUGCGGGGCGACCUGUCCGGCAAGUACUACAGCCUGACCAGCAUGACCGAGCGGGAGCAGCAGCAGCUCAUCGAUGACCACUUUCUCUUUGACAAGCCAGUGUCCCCCUUGCUGACAUGUGCUGGGAUGGCCCGGGACUGGCCGGACGCCAGAGGAAUCUGGCACAACAAUGAGAAGACAUUUCUCAUUUGGAUUAAUGAAGAGGAUCACACCAGGGUGAUCUCCAUGGAGAAGGGUGGCAACAUGAAACGUGUCUUUGAAAGAUUCUGCCGUGGAUUAAAAGAGGUGGAAAGGCUGAUCAAGGAGAGGGGCUGGGAGUUCAUGUGGAACGAGCGCCUGGGGUACGUGCUGACCUGUCCCUCCAACCUGGGCACGGGGCUGCGUGCUGGAGUCCACGUCAAGCUGCCCAGGCUCAGCAAGGACCCCAGGUUCUCCAAGAUCCUGGAGAACCUGCGCCUGCAGAAGCGUGGCACUGGCGGCGUGGACACGGCAGCCGUGGCUGACAUCUACGACAUCUCCAACCUGGACCGCCUGGGUCGCUCAGAGGUGGAGCUUGUCCAGAUUGUCAUCGAUGGGGUCAAUUACCUCGUUGACUGCGAGAAGAAGCUGGAAAGAGGCCAAGACAUCAAGGUGCCACCCCCCCUGCCCCAGUUCAGCAGGAGAUGAAGUCGCUGCUGAGGGUAAACGUGGCUGCCGCUUUGAUGGAAAGGCACCCCUGUACAUCUCUGUAUAAAAUAAUUGUGUAAUAAAACACUCCCUGACA